AGAGUGAGAACAUGAAGAGAAACAGGAUGUCCCUGCAGGCUAAUCUCAAGAUCAUGUUCAACCUGAACACUGUGGGUUUCCAGUCAGCUGUCUCAGCUUCAGAAGCAGGACAGAUUCUGCAGUGAUGCCACCAGCAUUGAAUGGAGCAAUCUACUGUUUCCAGACUUUGCAUCAAAUGGAUGUGUCAAUAUGUAGCUCCAGUACUGAAGCAUUACCCAUUUGACCCUAGAACUACUGUAAAAUUCCCCUGAGGACAACGAGACUGAAGAAGAGAAUCAGCCAUGGCAUACUUUGGGGGAAUGCCUUUGUCACAAGAUGAAUUUCAUGAUGGACAUGUUAAUGACCAAGCUUCUUAUUCGCCGUUCCAUUCUCGUUCUGCUGGACAGAUUAGACUGGGAUUUGACCAAAUAGCUGAUGAAGUUAGCAAUGAAAUUUUUUUUUAUGGUUCAUCACAUUUGCAUCAUCCCGAAGAAAAUUUUUUCGUGGCGGACAUCUUUGGUUUGGAUGUGACAGAGCAACCUCCCCUUCAUGCUGGAUAUCCUUUAUCUCACUGGCAGCAGGGCACAGCAUCACCAGUGAUUGGCUUUAGAUCUUCUUUCCUGCCCGCUGAUAGAAAUUGCUCUAUGGUGGAUUCCUACCCAUAUAGUGAAGAAAGAGAAACCUAUGGAAGGAGUAGUAUCUUUCCAACUGCAAACGUAUUUGAUUCUCAUGUGGAGAGAGGCAACAAAAAUCUGAAUUUUCAGAUAGGCUUUGACAAUGUAGAUGCUCAAUAUCCCGUCUUUUUAGACAACUAUCCAUUUGGACAAGGAAUGAGAGAUGAAAGUGGAAAUAGUGAAGCUUGUUUAACCGACACCUCAAGAAGAUUAAAGAUAGGACCUGUUUGUCCCAGUGGCUCUGGACAAGACAGAGAGCCUGCAAGUUGGUCUAUCCAGCUGGUUGAAGCGAAUCAAGGGAGUAAUGAAAACAUGGUUGCUUUUUGUGAUGCGGUGGGGAAAAUAAGAAGUGCCUAUCCUGCUUAUGAUUUAAAGACAAAUACUGGAAAAAUCUGGAGUGUCGCAACAAGGUUCCCAGACCACAUCCUUGGCAAGCUGAAAUUUAGAAUCAGUGUCUGGACAGAUUCUUCACCAUAUCCAUUACUUAUCACUCAAAAUGCUGGCUGUAUCACUCAUGACUUAAUUGUAGAGAUCCUCCACUGCACAAAUCAAUACCCAGUCCAGGAGGAAUGUUUUCUAAGUGUUUGUGGGUCUGAUGAGUUCUUACAAAACAAUCAUACUUUGGGCAGCCACAAGAGUCUUCGCAAGCCAACCACCUGCAUUCAGCUUCGGCUACAUAUCACUACUAAUUUGAAGCAAAAUUUGGCUCGAACGCAUGAGGAUGACCAAAGACAGUUCAGUGUGAAUCAGCUGUUGGAAUAUACUUGUGCUUGGAGACUGACUCGGCAGAACCUUAUCUCGAUUAUUAUGAAAUACAGAGAUCAAGUGGAGUAUUUAUGGCAAAAUGAGCAUGGAGUGAGUAAUGUGAUUGAGGCAGCUAAAACAAUCUGCAGUGCCCUCUGCUUUGUGGAAACCAGAGACAUCACUGAUGCAGUCAAGAAACUCCGUGCAGUGCUGCUAGCGAAAGCACAGAAUUCACUUCCAAGCAUGGAAAUGCCAGGCAAAGCAUUAAUAGAAGAUGCUGUGACUGAUCUCUCCUUGGCCAUCUCUCACCUCAUCCAUGUUUACAGCAGCAGCUUUGAUACAGGUUUUCAGCUUGCCAACAUACCUAGAAGUCCUUCAUGUGCAGAUAUCAACCUAGAUUCCCAGCUCAGCUUCACUGUUUAUGCUGCCCAUAACAUCCCAGAAGCUUGGGUGAGCAGCUACAAAACUUUUUCCUUUUCCUGUUCAUUAACUUAUGCUGGGAAGACAAUAUGUCAAGUGAAGGUCUGUAAAAAUAUACCAGCUAGAAGAUCCUUCUUUUUCAUUGUGGACUGGAAUGAGAUAAUCAACUUUCCUCUACGACUAAAGGCUCUUCCAAGAGAGACUAUGCUGACAAUUAAGCUACUUGGAGCAAACAGUAUCUCUAAAAAUACAGAAGUGCUUGCUUGGACAUGCUGCCCAUUGUAUCCAAAACAAAAGUUCAUUCAUGGCACUGUGCUGCUUAGCAUGACAUUGUACAGCACAUUUCCAACAACGAUGAUUGCCCCGGGCAUCUGCAGUUCUGAUAUUGCAGCCCCAGUAACAUUGCAGAUUGACUUUCCAGAAACCAACUUGGAGUUCAUUAAACCUGAACCUGAAGAGAAAAGAGACAAUCUUGAAGAGCCAACUAAGGAGUGCCUGAAGCAUAUUGCAAGACUUUCACAGACACAUUGUCUCUUGCUACUCCCAGAGCAAAAGAGAAGAAUAUUGUGGUUUUAUCGUUACUACUGCAAUCAUGAAAAUUGUUCCCUUCCUUUGGUACUGGGCAGUGCACCCAGUUGGGAUCGGACAACUGUGUCAGAAAUGUAUGCUGUGUUGAGGAGAUGGAGAUUUUCUAACCCUCUGGAGGCACUUGGACUACUGACUUUCAGUUUUCCAGAUCAAGAUAUUCGCAGAACAGCAGUCCAACAAAUAGAUAAUCUGUCAAAUGAUGAAUUGUUAGAAUACCUCCCACAGCUGGUUCAGGUGCUCAAAUUUGAAUGGAGUCUUGAAAGCCCCCUGGUGAAACUCUUACUGAAUCGCUCUCUUCAGAGCAUCCAAGUGGCCCAUCAACUCUACUGGCUACUGAAAAAUGCCCAGAAUGAAGCUCAUUUCAAAACCUGGUAUCGGAAACUACUGGCUGCUCUCCAAUUCUGUGCUGGAGAAACCCUGAACAAUGAGUUUGCUAAGGAGAGAAAACUUAUCAGAGUUCUGGAAGACAUUGCCGAAAAAGUAAAAGCUGCUAGUGACCCCAAAAGAAAGGAGGUGCUAAAGAUGGAACUCAGCAAACUUCAGCAAUUCUUCCAGGAGGUAAAAGUUUGUCGACUUCCCCUGAAUCCUGCUCUUGUUGUGCAAGGCAUAGAGGCAGAUUCAUGUUCAUAUUUUACAUCCAAUGCUCUCCCACUAAAAAUCUCCUUCAUCAAUGCUAAUGUUCCAAGCGGAAACAUCGAUAUUAUUUUUAAGAUGGGGGAUGAUCUACGUCAGGAUAUGCUCGUUCUGCAGAUUAUUCGUGUCAUGGACAGCAUUUGGCUCCAAGAGGGACUGGAUAUGCAAAUGAUCGUAUAUAGAUGUUUAUCUACAGGAAAAGGCCAAGGAUUGGUACAGAUGGUGCCAGAUGCUACCACACUAGCCAAGAUCCACAGGAAGUCUGGAUUGAUUGGACCACUGAAAGAAAACACAAUUAAAAAAUGGUUCUGUCAUCACCAUCCUUUGGAAUCAAGUUACCAGGAGGCAAUAAGGAAUUUCUUCUAUUCCUGUGCUGGCUGGUGUGUUGUUACCUUCAUCCUGGGAGUCUGUGAUCGACACAAUGACAACAUAAUGCUGACAAGUGCUGGACAUAUGUUCCAUAUAGAUUUUGGAAGAUUUUUAGGUCACGCACAGACAUUUGGAAGCAUAAGAAGGGACCGAGCUCCCUUCAUCUUCACAUCAGAGAUGGAGUAUUUCAUCACAGAAGGUGGAAAAAACCCACAGCGUUUCCAAGAGUUUGUGGAGCUUUGUUGUCGAGCCUAUAAUAUAGUCAGGAAACACAGCCAGUUACUUUUGAACCUGCUGGAAACGAUGCUGCAUGCAGGAUUGCCUGAGCUAAAUAGUAUUCAGGAUCUGAAGUAUGUGUAUGACAACCUUCGACCUCAGGAUUCUGACCUCCAGGCCACAAGCUACUUUACAAGGAAAAUAAAGGAAAGUUUGGAGUGCUUUCCAGUCAAGCUCAAUAACCUGAUCCACACACUUGUACAGAUGUCAGUAACAGGCUCUGCCAAGCCUGCAGCUCCAGAGACUGUUCCCCAAGAGUGGAUCAUGCUGGAUACAGAGAAGGCAAUUGCAAGAGCAACCAUUUUAGGGUUCAACAAAAAGCCUGACUCUCUGUAUCUAGUCCAGGUGGUGCAAACCUGCAGUGUGGUCACUUUUGUGGAAAAAUCAUUUGACCAGUUCGCAAAACUUCACAGCCAUCUCCAGAAGCAAUUUCCAUCACAUACCCUCCCAGAAUUUCCCCCAUCGUGGCAUUUACCUUUUACAGAUCUUGAACAUAAGAGAGUGAAGGAUUUGAAUCUCUAUCUGAAGCAGUUGUUAAGCGGACCCCGGAAACUGGCUAAUAAUGAGCUGGUGCUCAGCUUCUUCCUGAAUUGGUCAAAAAAUACAUUGGCAGAAGAACCAUCAUCUGCAAUCUUAGGUCUUCAGUCAACUGAUCAUACGCCUGGAGUGCAAUUAGUCAUGUCCUAUGAGCACACUCGACUGACCAUAAUGUUGAAACAUAUGAGGAACCUUCGCCUCCCAGAUGGCUCUGCCCCAAGUGCACAUGCUGAAUUUUAUCUUUUACCAGAUCCUGAUGAGGUCACUCGCAGGAAAACAAGAGCAGUUUCAAAAAGCACUGACCCUACUUACAAUGAAAUUGUUGUGUAUGACACAGUCACCGAGCUCAGAGGACGUGUACUGAAGCUAGUUGUGAAAAGCAAAGGAGCCUUUGUGGGAGCUGUUAACAUUCAGCUGAGCAGCGUCCAGUUAAAUGAAGAAAAGUGGUACCCGCUGGGAAACAGUAUAAUUUAAAUAUUGCCUAAGAUAAUUCAGUUAUUUAUCCACUAAUGUUUCUUUAUCCCAUUUCCCAUGGUACAUUUUGUCUCAGUUGCCCUUGAGAAUUUGCAGUCAUCCACUGAUCAUGUCUUAAUAUUUCUAAUCAUAAGGCUAUUUCCUUAAAAUUUCUUCCAUCAUCUUGCAACAUGUUCCUGUUAGUGUGGGUGAAAAAAAAUCACAUGCUGAGAAUUUGCAGCAGCAGCAUGCAGGAAAUUUUUAUGACAGUAAUGAAGUUUUUUAUUAUUAUUUUUAUUAUUAACCACUACUGUAAAAAUUUUGGUAUUCCAUAUAGAUCAAGCUGUGGAUUAGAGCCUAAUCCUAAGCCUAUAUGAGUCAGUGCCAGUCACUGACUCUGUUUCAAAGCAAUGCUGGAGAUGAUGUAAUUUAGCAGAGUUCCCUGUGACUUGCUGCAUAUGGUGAUUCUCCAGAGGCAGAUCCAUGCCAUGAUUCCACAGGUGCCAGUACAUUUCAAACACUUCUAAUGUAUUUCUUAUUAAAUGUUGCACAAUCCAUCUUUUCUUAAAGGAACUUUAAAACUUGCAGUAUAUGUUGGUUUCCUUUUAAA